GGUCAACCAAUUUUUUGUUCAUUCAUCAUCCUCCACACCCAUUUUUAUAAUCUCUCCAACAAUCCACUUUUCUUGCAUUUAAAAAAAAAAAAAAAUGGAUUCAAACCCACCCCCUCAAGUGAGGUUCACUCUAGGAAGACAAUCAUCAAUGGCACCAGACCGUGUGUCGGGUUCCGGGUCGGAUUCAGAUUCGGAAGAGAUAGAUGGGUUGGAUCGGAUUGACCCAAGAGUCAGAUUAAUGUUUUUUUCAAGCGAAGGAAAUAUACAAGGAAUAAAAGAAUUGAUUGAAUUAAAAACAGAUGUUAACUUUAAAGAUAUUGAUAACAGAACUGCGUUACAUGUUGCCGCUUGUCAAGGCUUUUGUGACGUGGCUCUUUUGUUGUUGCAAGCUGGUGCUCAUGUUGAUUCUAAAGAUCGUUGGGGCAGCACUCCACUUGCAGAUGCAAUCCAUUACAAAAAUCAUGACAUGAGUAAACUUUUGGAGAAACACGGUGCCAAACCUCUGAUGGCUCCUAUGCAUGUCAAAGAUGCCCGUGAAGUUCCAGAAUAUGAAAUCACUGCUACAGAACUUGAUUUCACAGACAGUGUAGACAUUACUAAGGGUACCUUCACCAUUGCAUCAUGGCGUGGAACUCAAGUUGCAGUUAAGAAGCUUAAAGAUGAGCUUUUUACUGACAAGGAUAAAGUGAGAGCUUUUAGAGACGAACUUGAAUUACUUCAGAAGAUUCGCCAUCCAAAUGUGGUUCAGUUUUUGGGUGCUGUAACUCAAAGUAAUCCGAUGAUGAUCGUCACAGAAUAUUUACCAAAGGGUGAUCUUCGUCUCUUUCUCAAGAGGAAAGGAGCACUUAAGCCAAUUACAGCCUUGAAAUUUGCCAUGGACAUAGCAAGGGGGAUGAACUAUUUGCACGAGAAUAAACCGGAACCAAUUAUUCAUAGGGAUCUAGAGCCUUCGAAUGUAUUGCGGGCGGAUUCUGGACAUCUAAAAGUUGCUGACUUUGGAAUCAGCGAGUUGCUGAAAGUGACUAAUGAAGUCAAACAAGAAAAACUCAUGUCGUAUCAUGAGACAACCUGGAGAUAUGUUGCUCCAGAGGUGUACAGAAAUGAAGACUGUGAUACCAAAGUGGACGUUUUCUCAUUUGCCUUGAUUUUACAAGAGAUGAUUGAAGGCUGCCAACCGUUUGCCACGAAGAAUGAAGAGGAUGUUCCUAAAGCGUAUGUUGCAAAAGAACGCCCUCCUUUUAAUGCUCCACCAAAGAGUUAUGCCCAUGGCCUCAAAGAGUUGAUUGAAGAGUGUUGGCAUGAGAAUCCAGAGAGGAGACCAACAUUUAGGAAUAUAAUCAUCCGGUUGGAAUCAAUUCACAAUUCUAUUAACCGUAGGAGGCGGUGGAAGGUUCGACCAUUGAAAUGGUUUCAGAAAAUGGAGACGAUAUGGAAGAAAGACGAUUCAGUAAGAAGUAGCCGUGAUCGUUCAUCUCACAUCUAAGAUAGUUGAUGGUUUAAAUGAAUAGUUACGUAAACAGUAUUCUUUACUCAUUCUCAUUUACAGACUUAUUUUUUGUUGUUCAUAUUGUCAUCUUACACAUCCAAUUUUUUGUUGUAAAAGUUGAGACCCCUAUAUUUCUCAAGAAGUCACCGACUUUUGAUUCAAGAUGCUAACCAUUGGAGGUCGGAUAAAUAUAUGGCUUUAGACA